UUAUUUAACGCACCUCCGAGUUUUAUAAUAUACAUUUAUACUUAAAAUAUAGAGUGAACACAUGCAACAAAAAAAAUAUGUUAAGAUAUUUAGUGUUUUUCAUUUUCACAUGCCCUCUUGCAAAUGGAAUAAAUUGGCAUUCGUCGCAAAUAAUAUUAAGGCAUCUCUAUAACCUACAAGAUGAACAGUUUGCCUUGGUCAAAAAAUAUUUGGAACUGGAAACAGAGAGAUUACAUGAAUUGGAGAGUCUUAUAAUUCCAAUUUUUGAUUGGUACAUAGAUUAUGCAUAUAUGAAACGUACCUUAAUACUUAGUCAAGUCGAUAGUUUGAAAUUGAUGUCACGGGUGUACAAUAACUUAUCAAAAAUAAAGAGAUUGAUGAAUAAUACAAUUUCAGUGAAUGUCAUUAAACAAUUUGACGAGCAGCAAGAAAUUAGCGAAUUUAAUGUGAAAUCAGCUUAUCGAUCUCUAAGAAGGAUUCAAAAAGUGUACUUGAUUCCUGCGUCCGACAUGGCUGCUGGUAGAUAUAAGGAUCGGAUCAUCGGAGACCCAAUGGACGCUUGCGAAUGUUAUAUAAUGUCUAAAUAUAGUUUCGAAGAAUAUGACACUUACAGUGUAAUAGAUUGGGCUGUUCAAGCUUAUAAUAAAUGGUUGAUCGAUCGUCCAAAAUGUGUAGAUAUAGACAGAUUGAAUUAUUAUACAAGAUCAGCAUCAAUGGCCACAGGAUUUAGUUUAGAAACUCUAUCGGAUUUUAGUAAUCUGAAUCUUUCAGAAAACACUAAGCAUUCUGCAUAUUUUUCUCUAAUGGCAAAGGCAUUAAACAUUCGCGAUAUCAGUGCACAAUCUGCAGAUAUAUAUGACACAUAUGAUGAUUAUGAACAAUUCAAUCUAGUAAGACGUUUCCACAAUUUAUGCAGGACAGGCAAAUCUGUGCGACCCUUAACGUGUGAUUCUAAAUGCCGUUAUCAAACAAAAAAUUCUCCGUAUAGAAUGUUAAUGCCUUUCAAAGAAGAAGAUAUCAGCAGCGAUCCGAACGUAAAACUCUAUCAUGACAUUAUCUACGACGAAGAGAUUAAAACGAUUACUGAUAUGGCUUCGAAUGAUUUGUCCGACGCAGCAUAUUACUUAGACGGUAAGGUUACUUUGUUUGACGACCGACGCCUGGGUCAGCUGAAAUGGUUUUUGGAAAAUUCGAACCCGAAGCUGUUUGGUAAGCUUAACGAACGUAUUGAAUGCAUCACUGAGUAUUCCACCAAGACGGCCGAAGGAUUUCAAACGGUAAAUUACGGCUUAGGUGGUCAUUUCACUGUGCACUUGGAUGCAUUUAUAGAUGGCCCUAAGUUGAACGGUAACAGAUUGGUCACCACACUAUUCUAUAUGACUGACGUCCCAGAUGAUGGGUAUACUGUAUUUCCAAAUUUAAACUAUGUUGCACAUUGUCGUAAAGGAACGGCUUUAGUUUUUACAAACUUAUAUUUGAAUAAUGGUUCUGUAAAUAGUGGCACUUAUCAUGGAGGUUGUCCUGUGAUAAAAGGAAAUAAAUGGAUUAUGACAAAGGUAGUAUUCGAAGAAGGACAACCGUUAACAUACAAUUGGCGAGAUAAUAAAAUAAUAAACGUAGUUUAGAAAUAUUGUUUAUUUUGUUAAGUAUAUAUUUAGUUUAACUGGAAUAACAAAUAUAUUGGGUACAUGUAGGUACUUAUUAUUCAUACAUACUGUAAAUUAAAUUUAUACACCUAUACCUGUGUACUUUUACUAAUUUCAUAAUGUCGUCUAAGUAAUUUAAAGUAUAGAAAUAAAUUUAAUUACUAAACA